AUGGUUAGACGAAAAAUAGAUAAUCGUAUCAGAACUAUUAUAGAAAAUGGAGUCACGGAAGGGCACAGAACUAUGUUUGUCGUUGUUGGUGACAAAGGAAGAGAUCAAGUAGUUAUCUUACAUCAUAUGCUCUCCAAGUCAACUGUAAAAACUCGUCCUUCUGUUUUAUGGUGCUAUAAGAAAGAAUUGGGUUUUAGUAGUCAUAGGAAAAAGAGAAUGAAAGCAUUGCAGCAAAAGAUUAAGUCUGGAAAACUAAACGUUAAUGAAGAUGAUCCUUUUGAGUUAUUUGUAGCAUCAACAACCAUACGAUAUUGUUAUUAUUCAGAAACUCAUAAAAUUUUGGGACAAACAUAUGGAAUGUGCAUUUUACAAGAUUUUGAAGCAUUAACACCCAAUCUUUUAGCUAGAACGAUUGAAACAGUUGAAGGUGGAGGUAUUAUUGUAAUUCUUCUACGUUCCUUAACUUCGUUAAAACAACUUUACACAAUGUCCAUGGAUAUUCAUGAAAGAUAUAGAACUGAAGUUCAUACUGAUGUAGUUUGUAGAUUUAAUGAAAGGUUUUUGUUAUCUCUAGGAAAUUGUAGCAGGUGUUUAGUAGUUGAUGAUCAAUUGACAGUUUUACCUAUAUCUUCUCAGACAUUAAAUAUCAGUGCUGUAAGCAAAGGAGAUGUCGCUGAAAAUGAUCAAAAUUUAAUAGAUUUAAAAGCGAGUUUGAGUGAAACUCAGCCAGUGAGUGCUUUGUUGAAUUGUUGUAAAACCCUUGAUCAGGGUAAAGCAUUAUUAAAAUUUAUUGAAGCAAUUUCGGAAAAAACUUUAAGGUCUACAGUUUCAUUGACAGCUUCUAGGGGCAGAGGAAAAUCUGCUGCUCUGGGACUUGCUGUCGCUGCUGCUAUAGCAUUCGAUUAUUCUAACAUUUUUGUAUCAAGUCCUUCUCCGGAAAAUUUAAAAACAUUUUUUGAGUUUGUAUUUAUCGGAUUUGAUGCAUUAAAUUAUCAAGAACAUUUAGAUUAUGAUUUAAUUCAGUCAACGAAUCCUGAUUUUAAUAAAGCAAUUGUUAGAGUGAAUGUAUUUAGAACUCAUAGGCAAACUAUUCAAUAUAUUCAUCCUUGCGAUGGUCACAAAUUAAGUCAUGCAGAAUUACUCGUCAUUGAUGAAGCAGCUGCCAUACCGUUAACAUUAAUCAAAUCAAUGUUGGGCUCAUACCUUGUUUUUCUGUCAUCCACUAUUAAUGGUUACGAAGGGACUGGUAGAUCAUUGUCUCUAAAAUUGCUUCAACAGCUUAGAAAUCAAGCUGCUCCUCCCGGAGUUACCGCAAAAAACAGCACUCAAUCUGCCACAUCGAAAAAUUCUGCUUCCGGACGAAUCCUCCAUGAAAUAACGUUAAACGAAUCCAUUCGUUAUCGACCUGGUGACGUAAUUGAAAAAUGGUUAUCGGAUUUACUUUGUUUGGACGCCACGUCUAUUCAACCGAUACUUAGCGGGUAUCCAACUCCUGAAAAUUGCGAUUUGUAUUACAUAAAUAGAGACACGCUGUUUUGCUAUCACACAGCUUCCGAAGCAUUUUUACAAAGAUUAGUGGCUUUGUGCGUGGCAUCGCAUUAUAAAAAUUCACCAAACGAUCUUCAAAUGAUGUCAGAUGCUCCCGCUCAUCAUCUUUUUUGUUUAUUAGGACCGAUUAACGGCAAUACAACUUCCCUUCCGGAAAUUAUCGUUAUUAUUCAGGUUUGCUUAGAAGGAAGCAUACCUCAACGUUCGGUGUCGAAUGCGUUGACGAGAGGAAAAAAAGCAGCCGGAGAUUUAAUACCCUGGACAAUUGCUCAACAAUUUCAAGAUGAAAAUUUUCCAAUGCUUUCGGGUGCCCGAAUCGUCAGGAUAGCAACACAUCCCGAUUAUCAGGGUAUGGGAUACGGUUCGAGAGCUUUGGCAUUACUCGAGGAUUAUUAUUCGAAUAAAAUUUCUUAUUUGGACGAUGCUCCCGUCGAAGAAAACAUUGCAAGCGUUCAAGACGAAUCGUUGGGACUUUUAGAAGAACAAAUUGUUCCUCGUUCGUCUCUACCUCCUUUGCUCAUGAAGCUUAGCGAAAGACCUGCAGAACAAUUGGAUUACAUAGGAGUAUCAUUUGGUUUAACUCAAGAACUGUUGAAAUUUUGGAAAAAAGCUGAUUUCAUGCCUGUUUAUAUAAGGCAAACGAAGAAUGAUUUAACGGGGGAAAAUUCUUGCAUUCUUUUAAAAUCUAUAAAAAAAGAUGAGGAUAAUGAAAAAGAUUGGCUCAUACACUUUUCGAAAGAUUUCAAAAGAAGAUUUAUUUCUUUGUUGAGUUCUUCAUUUAGAACUUUUCCAUCCGCACUCGGAUUAAGCGUUUUACAUCGGAAAAAAUCAUUGGAUUCGGAUUAUUCAACAAAGGAAUUAACGAAAGAUGAAUUAGAUUUCGAAAUGACGAGCUACGAUAUAAAAAGGCUUGAAAUGUAUUCGAAUAAUCUCGUGGAUUAUCAUUUGAUUAUGGAUUUGGUACCGACAUUAGGAAAAUUUUAUUUUUUAAAUUUGAUGAAGGAUACGAGUUUAUCCGCCGUGCAAUCGACGAUUUUAUUGGGUGUCGGACUUCAACGGAAAACCGUCGACGAAAUAGCCGCGGAAUUAAAUUUAAAUUCUUCACAAAUAUUAGGAAUAUUUAAUAAAAUAAUUCGAAAAUCGGUAGAAUUUUUAAAUUCGAUAUUAGAAGGAAGCAUAGAGAUUAAAAAACAAAAACAAGUUGUUACCAUGAUGCCAACUUUGGAAACGGUCGAAGAGGAUUUGGAAAAAGCAGCCAAGAAACUUAAAGAAGAACAAAAACAAGAAUUGGAAAAAUUAAAAAAUGAAAAUUUAACACAAUACGCAAUAAAAGGUUCGGAAGAAGAAUGGAGUAAAGCAUUAUCGUCGAAUAAUAAAUCAAUAGUAUCAGUCAAAAGCGGAGAAAAGAAAAGACAUUUAGAAACGACGGAAAAAAAUGGAGAAAUUAAAAAGAAGAAAAAGGAAAAAUUUAAAAGAAAAAAAUUUUAA